GAAGUAGGAAGCAGGUUGUUACAAAGCGACAAAGCAUCGUUCAACACUCGGAUAAAACUUCACGGAGUCCGCUUCAUGGUGAAGAUGUAUCUCAUCACAGUGUUAGUCCUUUUGGGGACGGGACUGACAGUAAACACCGACCCUGCUCAGCCAGUCAUGACUGUCGGAGACCCUGCUCAGCCAGUCAACAAUGGCCAAGAGAUUCACUCCCUCAAGUACAUCUACACCGCCUUCUCCAAACCUGUCGGACUUCCGGGCAUCCAUGAGUUCACAGCUAUGGGUCAGAUGGACGGCAGGCUGAUUGACUACUAUGACAGUGAUAUCCAGAAAAAAGUUCCCAUGCAGAAGUGGAUGAAAGAGCGACUUCCUGCAGACUACUGGGAGAAAGGCACACAGUCCCGCCAAAGCAAGCAGCAGUGGUUCAAAGUCAACAUCGACAUCCUGAAGAAACGAAUGAAUCAGACUGACGAUGAUCUCCAUAUCCUUCAGUGGAUGCACGGCUGUCAGGGUAAAACAGAGCCUGAUGGCAUAUUAAAGUUUGUCCGUGGUGUGGAUAUGUACCACUAUGACGGACGAGACUUCCUGUCCUUUGAUGAUGCCCACUCAGUGUGGGUUGCUGCCGCUGAUGAAGCAGUCCCAACCAAGAGAAAGUGGGAUCAUGUCCAGGUCCUAAAAGAAUACACCAAAGGCUACCUGGAGAACGAGUGUAUCGACUGGUUGAACAAGUUCAGGGCAUACGGGGAAAAACAGCUGAAAGCUGCCUCUCCACCAGAUGUGCACGUGUUUGCUAAGAAAACCAGACUUGAGUCAAACCUCAUGUUGACCUGCCUGGCCACAGGUUUCCUCCCAAAAGACAUCAUCCUCAACAUCAAAAGGAACGGCCACAUUGUGACUAAAGAGGACGGGUUGAUCUCCUCAGGCGUUCGUCCAAAUGGAGACGACACCUACCAGAGAAGAGACAGUGUGGAGAUUUUAAAGAGUGACAUUUCUUCAUUCACAUGUGAAGUCAUUCACAGAGCAUCUAAUAUGUCUGUUGAGAAGGCUUGGGAUGCAUCUUCAGGCUCAGCAGCCACUCUGUCCCCCCAUAAUGAUGAUCCAACCAUACUGCCAGCUGAAGAAAGAGAGAAACACUCCCUCAUGUACAUCUACACCGCCCUCUCCAAACCUGUCGGACUUCCGGGCAUCCAUGAGUUCACAGCUAUGGGUCUGCUUGACGGGAGGAUGAUUGACUACUAUGACAGUGAUGUCCAGAAAAAAGUUCCCAAGCAGAACUGGAUGGAAGAGAGUCUUCCUGCAGACUACUGGGAGAAAGGCACACAGUCCCGCCAAAGCAAGCAGCAGUGGUUCAAAGUCAACAUCGACAUCCUGAAGAAACGAAUGAAUCAGAAUGACGAUGAUCUCCAUGUUCUUCAGUGGAUGGUCGGCUGUGAGGGUGAAACAGAGCCUGAUGGCACAUUAAAGUUUGUCCAUGGUGUUUACAUGUACAGCUAUGACGGACAAGACUUCCUGGCCUUUGACGUUGCCUUCUCAGUGUGGGUUGCUGCCACUAAUGAAGCAGUCCCAACCAAGAAAAAGUGGGAUGAUGUCCAGGUCCUAAAAGAAUACACCAAAGGCUACCUGGAAUAUGAGUGUACAGAUUGGUUGAGCAAGUUCAUGACAUACGGGGAAAAACAGCUCAAAAAAGCCCCUCCACCAGAUGUGCACGUGUUUGCUAAGAAAAUCAGAAUUGAGACAAACCUCAUGUUGAGUUGCCUGGCCACAGGUUUCUAUGCAAAAGACAUCAUCCUUAACAUCAGAAGGAACGGCCGCAUUGUGACUAGAGAGGACGGGUUGAUCUCCUCAGGCGUUCGUCCAAAUGGAGACGACACCUUCCAGAGAAGAGACCGUGUGGAGAUUUUAAAGAGUGACAUUUCUUCAUUCACAUGUGAAGUCAUUCACAAAGCAUCUGGUGUAUCUGUUGAGAAGGUUUGGGAUCACACAGUCGCUGGAGAAAACAAUCUCAUUAUUAUAGCGAUUGUGUUCCAGUUGGUCCUUGUCAUAGUCGUGGCUGCACAACUGCUGCUGCUGUAUAAAAGAAAGAUAAUCGGAGGACCAAAACCUGACAAAGAAGCAAAACUCCAGCCUCAGUCUGGCUUUAACGCUCUGCCUCCACGAGGUCAUGACAUCACACAGAGCUUCUGCCUCCAGAGCUCCAGCCUUCUCUGCUGCAGCCGGCCAAAACGCACCCCCAGCACAGAGCUCACGACCUGGGCAUCAGUGAUCGCCGGACCCGCUGUGUCCACUAGAUGCUUUAAAAAGAACUGCCCAGGCAUGGCACUGCUGCAAACAUCCAGUCUGCCACCACAAAUUAAAGGCUCCAACAGCCAGUGCAGAGAGUCAGACUCCUGA